ACGAUUUAGAGAAAUAGAAGGCAUUCUGCCUCUGAGCUCAGUUCCAGUCCCUGGAGGGCAGCGGGCAUCAGCUGAGCACCAGGUGGACAACCCAGGCAGCAGGAUAUGUGGCUGCUCUUGGUUCUCUUCCUUCCUGUCGUCCAAGGCUCAUCUGCUCUCAGAGCAGUGUCCAGUGCAGUGAGUGGCCCACUGCGGGGCUCACUGACCGUACAGUGUCGCUAUGAACCCGGGUGGGAGACCUACCAUAAGUGGUGGUGUCAAGGAGCCAAGUGGAGUGACUGCCAUAUCCUCGUUCAAACCGAUGGAUCAGAGCGGGAAGCGAAGGGUGACCGAGUGUCCAUCAAGGACAACUGGAAAUCGCGCACAUUCACCGUGACCAUGGAGGACCUCAGGUGGGACAGUGCAGACACUUACUGGUGUGGGAUCGAGAAGUCUGGAACGGACCUUGGGGUCGAAGUUAAAGUAACCAUUGACCCAGUGACCGUGCAGUGUCACUACGGCCCGGGUUGGGAGACCUUCGUGAACUCAUGGUGUCCGGACACGGAUUUGAACAGCUGCCGCAUCCUUGUUCAAACCACCGGACCUGAGCUGAGGAAGAACCAGCUGUCCAUCAAUCAGAAGAAGCGCACGUUCUCCAUGACCAUUUGGGGCGAGUGAAACAAGUUUUGCGAACAAUCAGCUGUUGUUCUGACGAGCUGCCGCCCAGGCAUUUUAUAAUAAGGCAACCCUGCUCACCCCUGAACUCUAGAGUUUAGAAAAGGCUCUAAUCUUAGAACUCCUCCAUAAGUUCCCUUUUUGCUUUACUUGAUGCACAUUUCAAAAUAACCACUUGGAGUUGAGCCCAGGAAAAAUCAGUGACCUCUGUCUGGUCUACGGUGUAAGUAAGAGGACCUGGCACUCUGCUCUGGGGCUCCUGCUCCUCCGUGGUCUGGGAUGGAGGACCGACCUUCCCAGGCUCACUGGGUGCCUCUCCCCUACAGUUGUAAGCAAUAAACGUUUUGACUCUCUUUCCUUUGUGUGGUUGUAUUGAAACUGUGCCUUCCAUUAAAAUGACCCUGGGUGU